AUGCUCCACGGAAUCAUCCGCCAUGAUCGCGCGCUGCUCCUAUCUCUUCUCCGCUCUUGCAUUGGCUUCGAUGGGGGUAAAAGAUCCGGAGAAGCCAUCCAUUGCCGGAUCUUCAAGCUGGGUAUCUAUAAAGACAGGUUCUUGCAGACCGGGCUGCUCGAUUUCUACUCAAAAUGUGGAUGUUUAGAAGGUGCACGGCAAGUGUUCGAUGAAAUGCCCGAUAGAGAUGUAGUCGCGCAAAAUGCUAUGAUUGCAGCGUUUGGGGUGUAUGGUUGCUUGGAUGAUGCCCGCAAGUUGUUUGAUGGAAUGAUGGAGAGAAGCUCGGCGAGUUGGAACUCUAUGAUUAGUGUUUAUUGUAAAAGGUGUGAUCUUGAGGCUGCUAGAGAGUUGUUUGAUAGAAAUCCUGUUAAGGAUGUGGUGUCAUGGAAUGCGAUGAUUGAUGGGUAUUGUAAGGUAGGGAGAAUGGAGAUGGCUUGGGAGUUGUUUGAUAGGAUGGACAGUGCCAGGAACUCUGUUACUUGGAAUACGGUGAUCUCUGGGUAUUUGCAUUGCAGGGAGUUUGGAAAGGUGGUUUCGGUGUUUAGAAUGAUGCAAGAAGAGAAUGUGAGACCGACGGAGGUCACAAUGGUGAGCUUGCUAUCUGCUUGUGCUCAUUUGGGUGCUUUGGAUAUGGGUAGAUGGAUUCAUGCUUACAUUAAAAAUCAUAAUUUUAAAGUUGAUGUUGUUUUGGGUAAUGCGCUUGUCGAUAUGUACUUCAAGUGUGGGAGUGCAGAUAUGGCUGUUGAUGUCUUCCGAAGGUUGCCAGUGAAGAAUAUUUAUUGUUGGAAUUCGGUUAUUGUGGGACUGGGAAUGCAUGGUUAUGGCGAACAAGCUGUAGAGGCAUUUCAUGAGAUGGAGAAAGUGACUUCUUUUAAGCCGGAUGGAGUUACAUUUGUGGGGCUCUUGUCAGGUUGCAGCCAUUCUGGUUUGGUCGAUGAAGGGAAAAAGUACUUCCAUGAAAUGCAUCGAGUUUAUGGAGUGAAACCCAAGAUAGAGCACUACGGGUGCAUGAAGCUAUGCCAAUUCCUCCAAACUGUGUUGUUUGGGGAAGCUUUGCUCCGUGCUUGUAGGAUAUACAAAGAUACAGAGUUAAGUGAGCAAGUGACGAAACGACUGUUGGAGUUGGACCCGAGCGAUGGAGGCAAUUAUGUGUUUCUCUCAAAUGUAUAUGCUGCAUCGAAGCGUUGGGUUGAUGUUGAAAAGUGCAGGAAAAUAAUGAUUGAGAAGGGAGUGCGCAAAAUACCCGGUUGUAGCUCAAUUGAACUGAAUAACAUAGUUCAUGAGUUUGUUGCUGGUGAUACCUCACAUCCACAAUUCAAGAAAAUUAAUGCUUUCUUAGUUGAGAUUGAUAGGGAGCUGAGAAAACUUGGAUAUAGACCAGAUGUGGACUCUGUUCUUCAUGAUAUAGAAGAGGAGGAAAAGGAGGACGCAAUUAAGUAUCAUAGUGAAAAGAUAGCAAUUGCUUUUGGGCUUCUGAACUCGACUGGGACAGGGCCUAUUAGAAUUGUAAAAAACCUUAGAAUUUGUUAUGAUUGCCAUGAGGCAUCGAAACUAAUAGCAAAAUUGUUCCAAAGGGAGAUAAUUGUUAGAGAUCGCAAUCGGUUUCAUCAUUUUUGGGAUGGGGCUUGUUCUUGUAUGGACUAUUGGUGAUAAUGUGUUGUAUCUUGGGAUACCUUGAUUUUAAAAUACAGUUUAAGGCACUUUGAUCCAAUAUAGUA